GUGACACCGCCGACGGGCCGCUGAGCCGGUCACGUGACACCGCCGACGGUUCAGCCAGCCGGUCACGUGACGCCGUGGACAGCCCACUGAGCCGGUCACGUGACUCUGAGGUGACGGACGACGCAGCAGAAGAGGCUGAGCUGGUGGACGUGCUAAAACACCUGGUGAACCUGUUUACUAUGACGUCACAAGUGAAGGCCGCCCUGGGCCGGGUCAGGCCCAAAGCCGACGACACAGGUAUCCAGCACCAGCUGAGCAGGACGCGCGCCCUGGUGGACUCGUUUCGGGAGCAGCUGGCGCGCCGGACCGUGACGCUGGGCAGACUCGUCCCCCCGGACACCACCGGCAGGCCGGAGAUCCCGCGGGAGCUGCGCACCAAGGACCCGGCCGGAGGAGACGUGUCGCCGCCCACACCGCAGCCGGCGGCCAGAGCGGUCGACGGCGGGCCCAGAGCCACACAGGAGGCCAUCAGCUCCCUGCAGGCGCUGGUGACCGGCGCCGCGGCCGCCGACCCGCCGGCCGCCACCACCUGCCGCUGGUCGAGCCGCGUGAAGCGGAGGUUCCUGGCGGCGCGCCGGCCGGCCCGGCGCGUCGGCGAGCGGCUGAAGGCGCCGCACACCGCCAAUGCUCGGUGGCAGGGCCCGGCGGCGGCCGGCGGCGGCCCGUCGUCCUCCAGGCCGUCCUCCCCGCCGUCCCCGGGCCGCUCCUCGGGGGAGGAGGAGGAGGAGGAGGACGGCCGGCCUACAGACUACCUCACGCCCGGCUGCUACGACCUGGACGGCGCCGGGCGGCCCGUCUGCGCCGGCGACCCCGCCGCGGCCGGCGGGGGGCCGGGCGCCGCCGCCGGCCUGUUCGGCGUGCCACUCUCGGUGAUGAUGGCUGAGGCGGCCAAAAAGAAGAAGAGGCAGCCAAACUCGGGCUGCCAGGGCGGACCAGCCGGCGGCCCCCGGUCGGCGGGGGCGGGGGCGGGGGCGGGGGCGGGGGCGGAGCCGGGUCGGAAGGACCGCUCCUGGCUGACGACCGCCGCCGCUCCGGCCGCCCCAGCGCAGGCACCGCGGGUACCACAGGUACCGGUACCGCGGGCCGGGCCACAGCCGGGCCUCGCUGAGACGCUGGACAGCCUGCGCAGACUGGCCGUCGGCGUCGACCAGCGGCCGGCCGCCGCGGGCCUCGGCAGCGGCCCUCGCAGCUCGGAGAGGGCCCGCAGCUGCUCCGGCGGGCCGGAGCCGGCCGACAGCAGUCCCCGCGGGCCAGACGGGGCCGGCAGCAGCCCUCGCAGCUCCGAGAGGAUCCGCAGCUGCUCCGGCGGGCCAGACGGGGCCGACAGCAGUCCCCGCGGAACAGACGAGGCCGACUCGGACCUCAGCGGGACGCCGCGGGACGGGGACGGCCCGGCCGAGGACUGGAUGACCUCCUCAUUCGACGAGGACUGGUUCCUCAGCACCGAGCGGGAGGAGCGGGAGGAGGAGGAGGCGCGGAGGCGCGCAGAGGAGGAGGAGGAGGAGGCGCGGAGGCGCGCAGAGGAGGAGGAGGAGGAGGCGCGGAGGCGCGCGGAGCAGGAGGAGGACCAGCGGAGGAGGCGCGGGGGAGGAGCCGAGGCAGAGGAGUCGCAGACUCGGCGAGAGGCGCGGCGACUCGAGUCCGAGUCCGAGUCCGAGUCGGAGCUGAAUGGACAGACCAGCGCCCUCAGAGUCACACCGGAGAGCCAGUGACUCAGGUAGCCAGUGGCGUCAGAGAGCCUCCGGGGUGCCAGUGUCUCCGGGGUGCCAGUGACGUCACAGCGACUCUGGGGACCCGAUAACGCAGGGACCAGUGACGCAGACAGUCAGUGACAUCACAGCGACUCUGGGGACCCGAUGACGCAGGGAGCCGGUAGCGCAGGGACCCGGUGGCGCAGGGACCCGGUGGCGCAGUGAGCCAGUGAAGCCGCGGUACCGAUCCGGAGGAUAAGUUAAAACUAAACUGUGAAUGGAGCUGCUGGAACAAGUGGAACAGAGAGUGACGUAUGCUCAAUAAAACGGCGCAUUUAGCCCGCAGUGUGCAUAUAGGACCUCAAAGCAGAAUACGAUAGGCGCCAGAAAAUAGGCAGGAAGCCAGGACUAGAAGCAGAUAAUCCGUGUCUGUAGGCAGGAACCAAGAGCUGUCGGGAGCAUGCCUGUGUCUGUGGCAGCUCGGUCGUUGGUACGCGGGCUGCUGUUGGACCGCUGCCGUUAAAUCGCUGCCGUAAAAUGGCCGUCGUUUGUCGCCGGCCGCCACUGCAAUGUGUGACCUCUGUUCGACUGUGGGCCAUGACGUCAAAUACACUGUCAGAGAUGGA